AUGCCGCUUGGCUUUCAGGUUGUGCCGGGCUUGGAUCUAAAGAGCUUUGACAUAUUUCUGAAGACAUGGAGCAGAUGCGCUUCUGGUCAAAUUGCCACCAGUACCGGGUCUUUUCUUUCCAGGAAGUGCUUGACUGGAGAUUUCUUGUCCUUGGAGAUUUUCUUCUGGUUUCCUUUGUUAAUUGCACUUAGUGGUCAGUUUCUCGUAAAUGAUCAAUACGGAAGACGUGAUGCUAGUUACUUCUGA